UUGUAUUUUUCUAAUUUUUGUAAUAUGUCGUUUCUCGAAAAACACAAAAAUCCAGACACAUUUCCGACAAGGGCAACAGGCUUGAAUUCCAUGAACGCAUAUUUCAAACAAAACGGACUUCGUUUAGGAAAAAUAAUCGGAGAGGGCUCGUAUUCUAAGGUUCGACUUUGCAUUGUCACAAACGAUCAAGAUGGACCAGAACAGGUCAUAGCGUGCAAGGUUAUCAGUAAACGGAAAGCAUCUGAGGACUUUGUCAACAAAUUUCUUCCCAGAGAGCUGGAUAUAGUGGGUCGACUAUCCAACCCAAACAUUGUGACUGUCUUUGAUGUUGUAGAAUUCGACAACCACGACCACGUUUUCAUUUUUAUGGACUUUUGUAACAAGGGAGAUUUGUUGGAAUUUAUCAAAAAGAAAGGAUUUCUGUCGGAAAAACGAACUCAAAACUAUUUUUGGCAAAUAUUGUCUGCAGUUCGCUAUAUGCAUAGCUUGGAUUUGGCUCAUCGAGAUCUCAAAUGUGAAAACGUGCUACUUUGUUCCGGUGACGUGGUCAAGAUUUCAGACUUUGGAUUUUCUCGAUAUUGUCAUGAUUUCAAUGGGAAGCGAAUUUUGUCCAACACCUACUGUGGUAGUGCUGCAUAUGCUGCACCUGAGAUUCUCCAGGGAACUCAGUACAACCCCAAACUGUAUGACACUUGGAGUCUUGGUUGCAUAUUAUUCAUCAUGUUGACCGGACACAUGCCUUAUGACGAGAGCAAUGUUCAACAAAUGCUGCAAAAUCAAAAUGAACGUAUCCUGACGUACCCACAUCAAGUUGAAGGUCUGAUUUCCAAGCAAGCGAAACGUCUCAUAGGACAUUUACUGGAACCUGAUGUAACACGUCGAGCCACCAUAGAACAUGCUUUGUCUAACUCAUGGUUUACAUCCUUGAAAUCAAAAAACUCCAGUUUGAAUGUAAAUGGGAAUAAUUCUGGGAGUGGGGACGGUCAGUCACAACAGCAACACCGACAACAACCCACUUCUUCUAGAGAGAUUCCCUUCCACUCAAUCGCUGGUUCAUGUUAUGAAGUUUUCGCUCAAGACUGUUCAAAAAAUUAUGUCCGCCCAACAUCAACCCAUUGUAAAAAGUCAAAAGACGAGCAAUUCCUUCAAGAAAGUUCAAAUCCAUUACCGUUACCUACUACCUGUUACCGCUGGAGACAUCGAUUUCAAGAACAAUAAAGUUCUGGAGGAAAUGAUCAGUUUCAAGAGUUUCACCGAAAAGGUCCGGAUAAACUUCCUUCAACUUCCACCCAUCUUCCAACAACAUCAUCUUACAAAUAGCAACAACAGAGUGUCCUUGAUAUAGACGAAUCCGAAGUUCGAUUUAGUUUUGGUUGGAAUGCAGACCAAACUCACAUGCACUAUAACAGGGACAACAAGUUUGCGUGAAUCUUGCAUGCGCUUAUCACCAAAUGCCCAAAUUUUUUGUCGCUCUUUACUAACUUCAACUGCCUGGCUAUUAUAAUACUUUGAUAAAUAUACCAAAUAUGUGCCGAAACCACAAUGAUUUCAUGAUCUCUCUCGAAAUAUACGUAUUGACAAUUUA